AUGUUUACCUUGCAUAAGAGAGUCGAGAAAUACAUAUAUUUCUGCAGAGAGAGGGAGAGAGAGAGAGAGGGAGGGAGAGGGAGAGGGAGGGAGAGGGAGAGAGGGAGAGAGAUGGAGAGAGAGAGGGAGAAAGAAACAUGGCGGGAGAGGGGGAAGGGGGCGAUAGGGGGAGAGGGGGCAGAGUGCGAGAGGGGGGGGGAG